AUGGCGAACUGUAACCAAUCAUUUAAAGACUUGCUUCACACAAUAGCCAAGGAACAGAAGUUUGUCGACUACAGUUUAGACAUCAAGGAAAUAUCAAGUGGAGGAGCAAACUAUACGUCCAAGUUGUUCUCGGUGACUGUCACUGAGGGUACCCACACUCUACGACUAUUCUGUAAAGUUGCAGCCAUCGGUGAGAAGAUGCGAGCUCAGCUGGACAAGAUAUACACAACAGAACACUUUUUCUACACAAAACUUGCAAAAAUGUAUCGAAAUAUUGAAGACAAGUGUGGCAUACCUGACGAACUAAAACUGAACAUCAGCAAGUACUACGGAAGUAAUACUGAAAUGAAUGAAGAAGCGAUGGUGCUGGAGGACCUCACGGCAUCAGGGUACGAGGCGUACGACAGGUUCAAGUCGAUAGACUGGCCAUACGCGCAGGCUGCGGUCCGGGAACUGGCCAAGUUUCACGCGUGCUCCUGGGCAUCCGCUAAACAGGACCCAGAAUGGUUUGAUGAAGUUAUGAAAAAGUUAGCAUUUAAUAUCAGUAUGGAAGGAACUGAAAUGAAGGCUUUUAUGGCCACAGUGAUAAAUAAGGCUAUCCAGAACGUCCGAGAAGAAAACAAAAUACUGUUUCAGAAAUAUUUUGAAAAUUUUAAUGCAGAUGCAUAUGAAGCGACUUAUAAAAGAAGCCGGCGGAUGGUGUUGAACCAUGGCGACUAUAGACCGAGUAACUUAAUGCACAAAAUACUGGAGGACGGCUCCGUCGACAUCAAGGUCGUGGACCUUCAAACGCUGCAAGGCGGUAGUCCAGUCACCGACCUGAUCUACUUCAUCUUCUCAGGAUCAGACGAAAAUUUCCGCGCGCAGUACUUCGAUAAGCUGCUGGACCACUACUACUCAGAGCUCAGUGCUGCCAUGAAGAGGCUGCAGCUCAACCCUGACGAGGUCUUCUCCCGGGAAGACUUCGACUAUGAGAUUAACGAGAAGCUGCCAUUCGGUCUUACUCUGGCCACGUUCAUAUUACCGGUCGUCACAGUGGAGAUGGAGAAUGCCCCCCAGGUGGACGAGUCCCUCGACAUCUCCAGUUUCAACGUGGAGAAGACCAGCGACCUGUACGCGGAGAGGCUGAACGGAGUGGUCAACGACUACGUCAAGUGGGGCAUUCUCAAAUAA